AUGGAUGCUGAAUCAGUACUGAAAGAGCUUGAGAGCUUGCAGCAGCUUCAUGUCGAACAACACCAACAACUUUCGCUUGCACUGAGCAACUCACAUGCCUUGAUGGAGAAAUUCAAGACCCUUACAUCUCAAAAGAAGUCUGUUACCAUUCAUAGCAUGCCAAGCCAAAAGAGCCAGAGAAGAGAAGAUCGAAGAGAAUCCUUUCGAUCUGCAAAGAUUCAAUCCCGAGUACAAAGUGUAGAGCAGCUUGGAUUUGCCUUGGUAUUUGGAGAAUCUGCUCGCAAGACUCACCGUCCCUCCAUCGAGAGUGACGAAAGCAUCCAAAACAUAGACCCCUCGACCAUGACAGGCCGUUUAGGUUCACAACCCUCGCAACCCUCGCUGUUUCCGGCUUCCGGAUCUCAACCAUUUGACCUCAUACCUGUUCCUAUGGUUGGAGAUGUGAACGUUCCAGCAGAGCUCCCUGGCGCCCUCGAUCCAGGUCUUAACGGUGAGAAGCGAGGGCACACGACUUUGACACUGUCCAACAUCAACAAAGGCGCGCAGUCGGAAAUUCUGGAAAAGUGGGUCGUCCAGGAAGACGGUCAGGAGCCAGACGACUUGGGCUCGAAAAUCCUUCUGAAAAUGCCGAGGAUUUUGUAUGUGGCAGUGCCAGUGCAAGCGCUUAUAUUGGCGGCAUGCCUGCUGUUCUCAGACAGCUUGGGCAACCUGCAAGGGCAAUACUAUUCGAGUGUCAUCAGCAAGUUCUUCUACACCAUAGCCUCUGCAGUGUGUCCUUACUUUCUUCUGACAUCUCUCAGAUCAGCAGAUUUGAUGCUUUCAGUUGGGAAACUCAACGAGUUUCUGGCAGAUUUCAACUUGCAUUGGAGCAGUGUCUCUGGACAACGAUGGCGCAGAUAUGCUUUGAUGUGGAUGUGUCUGGUACUGGUUGAAAUUGCCACUCAAGCUCUGUUCAUAUUGGACGGCAUUUCAGGCGAACAUGGCGCCUUCCAUUCUGGUCAUGUGAUCAAUUGGCUCUGUGUGGUGAGCUUUGCCAUUUGCAGCUCAUUAGUUGUGGUAGUUGCCUACACUCAGUGUCAUUUGCUAGCAGCCUUGGAUAAGAGCCUGGACUGCUGGUGCUUCAACAUCGCGUCAGAUCCAGACUUUGAUCUAGGUGUCCUAACAUGGAACCGAUUGCAGGCUCUGCUGAAGUGUGUGGGCCGAAGCUUGGCGAGCAGCUUCAUUGCCAUGCAGGUUCUUGGGGCUGUUGGCUUCGUCUAUUCCUUGGCCAGUGGCAUUAUGGUAUGCUUCCAGUUCGAUUUUGCGGGUGACAAGAUCUUGCGAGAAGUGCUGUCUUCGCUUCCGCUGCUAUUCCUCUUCGCACUAAAUAUGACUGUUUGCACCACUGGUGCUUCGUUAACAGAGAAGUGUCGCAAUAUCCCUGCUUUGGUGAACCAGCUCCCAUCGGAUAUUUGCAUUGACACAGACCGACGGUACCUGGUGAACUUCCUUAAGGACAGCGCCGCUGGCUUUUGCGUGAAGGAUAUCAGACUCACGCGCGAGAUGUUAGCAAAGCAGUUCAUCAUUAUUGGAGGUGUGAUAUCUGGCUUGUUUGCAGCUCUAUCGCGGGCCAUUUAG